AUAAUACACCAACAAGUUUAAGACAAAUUUUUGUCGUUUUGCUUGUUAUAAUUUGAAUGUCUUCACCGGAAUCCACCCUGCAUGGGCUUUAUGACAUUUUUAUGCAUUUUGACUGACCAUCAAAGCAAUAGUUUGGCGACAUGAACAAAAUGAAUGGGACUCAAGUGGAACAAGUGACAUAGUUUGAAAACCUCAUAUGCAAAUUUCUCAAACUAAAGAAUGUGAACAGCCUUGGCUCUUGGGCUUCCCACCUUCCGUAGUUAACACUCAAGGGUCCCAAAUCCCAAUUUGGCAAUUUGUCAGCCCCGUGGGAAACCUACAUUUCAAUGGAAGAAAAGGGUUUUUAAGGGAAAAGGAAAAAACUUCCUUAAUACUUACGCUUAACCUUUUCCAGUAGACAACCAAGCGAUAAAAGCAUCUUGUGUGAUGCAAAAUUAUUUUAUUAGUUCUGUAAUUUAAUUUCUUUAUUCGGAUUGGGCUUGGAUUUUUUGCAUAAGCUGAUACAAUUCAUGCGCGUAAAUGUCGUCAAGUGAGGUGCAGUGGAAUGUUGGUAUUAUAAAAUAAUUCAUUAUUGUAAAUAUUAAAGAGGGAAUCGGAAUUCCAGGGAAAGUAAAAUGGGAUUUCUCCUCUGAUUCCUCGUCUUCCUCAAUCCCAAUUCCAAAUUCAGUAACUCUAUUAAACAGGGGAUAGAAAAUUUGUUUGUGUGAUUUUUAUUUUUUUAUUUUUGAAAAAAAAUGCUGCGCAGAGUGAUGGGGCGGAAGAGGAAGACCGGUGAAGUUCCGGUGUACCUUAACGUGUACGAUCUCACUCCCAUGAACGAGUACGCGUACUGGCUUGGCCUUGGAGUCUACCAUUCUGGGGUCCAAGUUCAUGGAAUUGAAUAUGCAUUUGGUGCUCAUGAACAUUCAACAUCUGGAAUAUUUGAAGUGGAACCAAAGAAAUGCCCUGGAUUCACAUUCAGAAAAUCAAUCUUGGUUGGAAAAACGGAUUUGGGUCCCAAAGAGGUCCGUGCAUUCAUGGAGAAACUAUCAGAGCAGUACUCCGGAAAUACCUAUAAUCUCAUUGCAAAGAACUGCAAUCACUUCUGCAAUGAUGUUUGUGUUCGGUUGACCAGCAAACCAAUACCAAAAUGGGUGAAUCGACUUGCUCAUCUGGGCUUGUUCUGCAACUGUGUUCUACCGGCAGGUUUGAAUGAGACUAAAGUUCGGCACAUUAAAGCUGAGGAUGGGGUUUAUGUGAAGAAAAAGCUAAGAAGCAAUUCAAGUAGGUUUGCGUCUUCUGAUCUAUGUCAACCAGCGGAAAAUCCUUCAAGAGGUAGCAAACAUCGAAACCAUCAUCCUGCUUCUUCAUCUUCAUCUUCAUCUUCAAAGCGUUCUAGUUCACCAUCAACUACCAAGCUUUAAUUAUUUAGGGUGUUCAAUUAUCUAUUCAAACAGCAAGAUUGUCCAUGUUUCACAUUCUUGUUUUAGUUUUUGAUGAUCAGCAGUUUAAUGAUAACAGAAACAGCUGCUGCAUGACAAGUCUUGCAUUAUUUAUUUCCUUGUACAGUUUCCUGUUGAAUGAACAAUUAUUGAACUGUUACAGUUAUAAACUAAAACCUCUGAAAUUAACCAA